AUGUCUUGGUCGGAGAGUGAAGCCGGUGUCUACCAACGCCCCGUUGGCGAAAACGAAGAAUUCAUCAAGCUUAUCGGGGAUCGUGCACACGGCCUUGGUCGUGAGCAUUGGUCUGUGACAUCCAGCGCAACAUUCCAGCUGGCACAACCAAUCGAAGACGAAAAUAUCGUCCAAAAAUGUCGUCAAGCAUGGAAGAAUCUUCGUUUCCAGCACCCAAGCAUUGCUUCCACGGCCGGAGACUCCAAGUUGAGCUACAACAUCCCCGACGACAAGACUCUGGAUUCCUGGGCAGACGAGACUUUGCACAUAUGUCAGGACAAGGAAUCCCUAGAAGACUUGGUUGCGUCCUUCAAACCCACCAAAUUCGUGACGGCCCACCUGCUGCUUCGCGAGUCGACAAUUGUGCUUCACUUUCCCCAUUGGCGUACGGACGGCUACGGCGCUCUUCUCUUGAUCGACGCUUUGCUUGAGAAUCUGAAAGGAGGGAUCACUGGCAGCACAAAGGUACCAGGCGAGCAAGUUUGGGGACAAGAGGUCUCUCGCCUUGUGCCAACCGUGGAAGACGUUCUCAAACUGCCAGAAGAAGCCACUCCGGAAGUCUGUGAAGAGGCAAAGAAGUUUCUCGCUACAGCAGCUCUUCUUCAUGGAACAGUCGGUCUUGAGGCUUCGCCUGAAAGUGAAGGUGCUCUCCCAAAAGGCACGAAAGGUGUCAAUACUCGCCUCUCCCGCAGCGACACGGAGCGAAUUGAGAAAGCCUGCCUAGAACAAAACUUGACACUGGAAGCCGCAGUGCAAGCUUCCUGUGCUGCAUUGACUUACCAACAGGCCGCCGAAGAUCAAAAAGAAAAGCCAUACACCAGCACAAUGCGUUUCAGCCUACGCCCGUUCAUGGACGCUCCGUGGAAUGGAGCCGAGUUCGCCUCUGCGCUUUGCACUGGUGGCUAUUUGGAACAGGUCCAGGCUUCAAACUCCUGGCUGCAGAAUGCAAAACACUAUACAGACAAGUACAACAUUGGGGUGACCAAGGACUUUUUGCAGACUCGGCGCCAAUAUGCAAAAGCGUGUCUGAGUGCUUUGCGUCAGACUCCGCCCCCAAAACCUCCAGCUUCAAGCGAGAUCGAUAUCUCCAGUGUCGGUGACGCCGAGAAGCUCGUUUCACCGCAGUACACAGACGAGGACGGCAGAGUAGUGAUCGAAGUUCGAGACGUAAGCAUCGGAGUCGAGACACUGAGCCGACAAGUCUACUGCUUCCUGUGGAAGUAUCACGGUCAGCUCGAGCUGCGUCUGGUGUACAACGAAGCGUUCUACGAUGUUUCACGGAUGGAGCGUAUCAUUGAUGGGUUACGCAAAGUACUUUUGGAGAACUUGUGCAACUAG